CCCUAGCUAGCAAGUAGAAAUGGCUGACCAAGCCAAGCUUUCCCGCCACAACCCCUAUACGAACCAUGUGUUCCAUCGUGUCAUCAUCUCGGCACUCGUCCUGCUGCUGUCCUGCACGGCGGCGACCAGUGACCGGCAACCACCACUGAUCUCCCAGCUCGCCAAGGACCCCGAGACCUCCCUCUAUACCAUCUCCGUCAAGGCUGACAAGUCGCCGCUCCUCCUCGACCUCGCCGGCUCGCUCGUGUGGUCGACGUGCCCGCCCUCGUCGGCGCACAGCACGGUGCCGUGCGAAUCCGACACGUGCGCCGUGGCCAAACAGCAGCCCUCGCAUCGCUGCCGGUACGUGGACGGCGGCCGGUUCUGGGAGAACCGCGAGCCGGGGCCGUCGUGGUGCGCCUGCGCCGCUCGCCCGCUCAACCCGGUCACCGGCCAGUGCUCCACCGGCGAUCUCACGAGCCUCACCAUGAAAGCCAACACCACCAACGGCACCAUGGAGCUGCGCCCGGAGGAGUCGUUCGCCGUCGUCGGCGCGUGCGCGCCGGGCCGCCUACUGGGUUCGCUCCCCGCAGGCGCCGCCGGCGUCGCGGGGCUCUCCCGUCGUUCGCUCUCGCUGCCGUCCCAGCUCGUGGCUCAGCGCGGCUUCGGACGCAAGUUCUCCCUGUGCCUCCCCGCCUUCGCGACCUUCGGCGACACGCCGGUGUACCUGCCCACGCCGGAGCGAGGCUUCAUCGACUACACGACCUCCAUCCCGUACACCCCGCUCCUAACCAACCCGGCGAACGCCGGCGGAUACUACAUCCCCGUCAAGGGCAUCUCCGCGUCGUGGCACGGGGCGGACGCGGCGGCGGCCCUGCCCCGUGGCGCGCUCGACAUUGACGUCCUCACGGGGCGCGGCGGCAUCGUGCUGAGCACGGCCACGCCGUACACGGUCAUGCGGCCCGAUGUGUUCCGCGCUUUCGCCAAGGCCUUCGACCACGCCAUAAUAAGAGGGAAGGUGAGCUUCAUGGAAAGGGUGCCGGCGACGAAGCCGUUCGAGCUGUGCUACAACGGCGCGUUCCCGAUGCUGAAGCGAACUGGCCUCGACAUGCCUUACAUUAAACUUGAGCUGGGCGACGGCGCCACGCGCAACUGGACACUGUUCAAUGAUAACUACAUGGUGCCAGUGGAUGGUGCGAUGUGCGUGGGGAUCCUGCCGAUGGGGCCCGGUGGCAUGCCGGUCGACGGCGAGCCGGCGGUGGUGAUCGGCGGGAAACAGCUGGAGAACAACCUGCUGGUGUUCGAUCUGGAGAAACAGGUGCUCGGGUUCAGCAUGCUUCUGAGCGUCCAAUUGUCCGGCUGUCGAAGCUCCUAUUUCUUCAGAAACUAAACACUAGUGGGUUUGCCGGCCAGCUCGUUGUUCACCUUUUCAGCAGGUGUAAAAGUAUGUGAGUUUGUCAGGCUGACAUUCUACACACACUGUAGUCACUUCAAUUUCACUUGGACGGGUUAGAACUUUCACUGUAUCUGUACUGUGUACUUGCAAUAAACACGUAUCUUUUUUACUUUCGA